AUGACCACUAACACUGCUAAAUAUAAGAGCAAAGGGUUCGCCAUGGAAAACAGCACACCAUCCAUUCCGAGUGGUUCUCGCGAAACAGUUGCUGAAGGCCCGGUUUCUCUUGUCUCAAAGAGCCUUCUCGAGUGUGAAGGGCAGACUCAGUGGAUCGCGAUAAAGACAUCUACCAUCCAUCGCAAAUAUGCCAAAGAGCCGCACGAUAUCAUCAAAGAGGCGAGGCUGAUCGCCUCCGCAUGCCAUCCAAAUGUGGUUUCUAUCUUAGGCCAUAGCAUCGAUUCAACCCGGCAGACCAUGAGCUUUUGGAUGCCAUAUGUGCCUUCGUCUCUGAUCGCAUUGUUGUCUUCGAACGACUUUUCGCCUCAUCCACUCAUCUCAAUUCUGGCCGCAGAUCCAUCAAAUCCGAGUCCACGCGAACAGCGCUUCGUCCUUCUCGCGAAAUCGCUCAUGUUUCAAAUCCUAAUUGGCGUGACAUUCCUUCACGAGACGGCGAAAAUUGCACACCGAGAUAUCAAACCAAGCAACAUACUUCUCACGUCAUCUGGCCGAGUCCAGCUCAUUGACUUUGGCAUAUCCUGGAAAGAAGGGGAAGAUCUUGCUGCAAAGAAAAACGAUUUAUGGGUUGAAACCCCAGAAAAGAUGUACUUUGAAGUUUCUACGGGACCAUAUCGCGCCCCUGAGCUGCUGUUUGGACCUAGGAAUUAUGACCCAUUCGCGAUCGACUCUUGGAGCCUCGGAGCGACUUUUGCGGAAUUCUUCACUUCCGUUCGUCUGUUUAACCCACUUGACGAUGAAGACUUCGGCGAUGAGCAGUCUGACUCAGACGACGAUAGCCCCGGCAGCCCAUCGAAGCCUGCCGAGCCGUUCAUCAUACCAAAGAGACUUCGCAUCGGAGAUCCCACGAACAGGUGGGCCAGGGAUUCACUGUUUGAUUCCACACGUGGAGAGAUUGGUUUAGCAUGGAGUAUUUUCAAGAUACGAGGUUCUCCAAAUGAGACCAACUGGCCAGUGAGUGACGUUCGAUUUGUUACUGGGAUCUUCUUUUCUGACUCGAACAAGUCUUUCUUGAACUUACCGGAUGCAAACAAGUUGUCCUUCAUAAAUGUAGACCCUGUUGACCUUCCCUCUAUCCUACCCAAUUUUCCUUCAUCCACGCAACAGCAUGAAGUCGACACAAAGACACACAUACCCCCAGAGACCAUGUCACCAACUCCUGUUGAUAUUAUCCACCGAUUCCUUGUAUACGAACCAUCUCAGCGUCUCCGCCCUUCCAGGGCUUUAACUCACCCCUGGUUCACCUCCGAACCACCGUUACUUCUGCCAGAUGACUUUCCUGUCUCGAAUAUCCCUGGUGAGGCCCCCAUAAGCCUUAGCUGGGGCGCAAAGUCUUUGGGAGAAUGGCUUUUAAAUGUUCAUCCCAGUGGCGCAAUUUGA